AUGAUUUCAGCAACGAAGAAGGAGAGCACAGUGUGCGAAUCUCGGGACAUUUAUUUCCCAUGCGCUUGUGGAGCGUUGCGAUACAGCUGCUGUGGAAAAAGUGCAACCUUAGUUUGCUGCUUUGUUUUAACGUGCGUCGACAUUUUCGUCGACACAACACAAUCCUAUAUGAGCGCCGCUUACUUGGACGAACGACAUAUUGCCGCUCUCGAAAAACUUGUUGCUGAAGCGGACGAAGUCGAAGACGUUGGUCCUCUUCGAGUCGUUCCAAUAUAUGUGAAGGAUACACCUUGUACACCAUUGGAACAUCCAUUGGAAUAUACUUACGUGUACUCCUUCUUCCUUCGACCUCCCGGAAAAUUCGAUCCUGUCGAGUAUGCCAAGUAUGUGCAACAAAUUGCUGCCGUUCGCUCAGUGGAACAGUUCUGGAGUGUAUACCGACAUAUUAAGCGUCCUUGUGAUAUUGGAGAAAAAGUGGACGUCCAUUUAUUCAAAAAAGGCAUCAAACCCGUGUGGGAAGACGAAGCAAACCUUAGAGGAGGAAAGUGGAUUCUCCGACUUAAAAAAGGAUUGUCUUCUCGUAUAUGGGAGAAUCUCCUUCUUGCGAUGGCUGGUGAACAAUUUCUCGUAGGAGAUGAAAUUUGUGGGGCAGUGUGUUCGGUUCGUAACCAAGAGGACAUAGUUUCGCUAUGGAAUAGAACCGCUGAUAAUAUUGGUGUCAUUAAUCGUAUUCGUGAUACGUUACGCCGCGUUCUGAAUCUUCCCAUUAAUGCAGUCGUGGAGUACAAACGCCAUGAUGAGUGUUUGAAUAAGCAGGUGGACAUUGUCGGAAUCGACGCAAAUGCGAAGAUGAGACUCGAACAGCAAUCCGAUGUGCUAGGAAAAUGGUAUUAUCCAGCGGAGCGCACGUCGGACAACGAUACGGUUCCACAAGACCGAGGAGUACCUCCUCAACCGAAAAUCGACAUGGCAAGUUUGAAAGACGAAAAAUGUAGAGCAGAUUUCCGCCUACUUGUGUCUAUCCAUAAAGUGCAUCCAGGACGCUGCAAGGGAAACACUUGCGGUUCAAAUGCGCGAAAGAAGUUUGCCUGUGCAUCUGCGGAGGCAAGAUCCACGUACAAUUCUGUAUGUGUCGCCCACAGCACUGGUGAUUUCAACCAGGAAAAGCGUCUUAGAAGGCAGCUGAGUCGUCAGCUGCAACAAGACCGCCAUAAGAUGGACGCCGAGAGCGAAGGAGUCCGAGAAAGCAUGAGAGGACAAGAACCCUCAGAAAGCCUAUGCUUUAUUAAAGCAACCUUGCUGAACCGGCAAGCGCCGUCAGCUCCUGAACUUGAGCACGUUCAUAGACCGACAUAUGCGGUUAACGAGGAACCACAGACGGAGUCGAAGGUUCUGAUGUGUAUCCAAAAGAAAAUGGAAAGUCUGGUGGAGAUGGAUCAACAAAAGGAUAUCGGACUCGUAGAGACGCGCUAUCAUAUUUCCGCUCUAAAAGAAGAUCGAUCUACAAUUGACCACGUGUUCAUUGUUAAGAGAGAUAUGAAAAUCUGGCAGCGGCCAACUUUCCUGGUACUCCGCGCCGACGGAGUACCAGGAAAGUUCGCUCGCUUGCUUGAUGACAUGAAUCAACAAACAACUGCCGCAGUUCGAACACCAACCGGAUGGGCAGUGGCAGGACUCUUCCUGUUCAAUUUGGCCAUCGGCGACAUUAUGCAAAGAACAGUAGAUCGAUAUCCUGACGAUAUUAUCCUCAAAUCAGAACGCCACUUGAUCGGUCCUCAGUACGCUGACGAUGUUGUUAUAUUCGCAGAAAGCAGUACGAAACUUCAACAUGUUAUCAAUCUUGUAUCGAAGCUGGCUGCAGUCUGUGGACUAUGUCUACGCCCUGAUAAAUGCAAACAGAUGUGGAUCUCUUCGAGACCUCGAACGGGAAUCAGGGUGGACGGACAACCGAUAAGACUCGUUGAUGAGUUCUGUUACCCAGGCUGUACUCUGAAGAACAACGGCAGUUACGAGAAAGCUAUUAGGCAAAGAUACACUGAUACUAGUUCUGCAUUUAAUUCCUUAACGAAAUUCCUGUAG